AUGUCUGGUCAAUUCGACAAUCACCAGUCGAUCAUUGACUUUUGCCGUUCUUGUCCAGAGGAUCAGCUUAUUGGAGGCUUGAGGUCUGGUAACCAGGUCGCCAAGCUACCAGAUUGCGACUUGGUGGUCAAGUUCGGCCCGUUUGUUACCUCCCAUGAGGCAAAGAAUCAGCAAAAAGUAUACGGUAUACUUGAUCCAGAUAUCGUUACAGUCCCUUCGGUUUAUACUUUUUUUGUGGACGAUGAGGGUUGGGGCUAUAUAAUAUCGGAUUAUAUUCGGGGCAAAAUUAUCGAUCCUCUUUCAGACUCUCACAUUAAAAAACUCGCCCGCAUUCUUGACUAUUUUCACUCUAUUACCUACGAUAGGGCUGGUAGCCUAUAUGGUGGCCCUUCAAUUGGCUUGCUCUGGCCAGAUACAAAUGAUCUGACCAUUAGCAAUGUUCAGCAAGUGAAUAAAUGGUUUAACAGCCGGCUUUUCCCCGGAGAUAGCAAGGUUCAUUUUGAUCCUACCCCACUCGUGCUCUGUCAUUUAGACAUAGCCCCCCGAAAUGUUAUCUGGUUGGACGAUGGCCGUAUCUGUUUACUGGACUGGGCAUCAGCAGGAUUUUAUCCGAGACCGUUGGAAUUUGCCAGUCUAUUUUUUCAAGAAUACCGUUUUAGCGACAUGCUUUUGAAAGCAGUCGGUUUUGACUCUGGUCGUGAUAAAGAAGAACAGCAGAGGAUCUGCCAGGCAUUGUAUAACAAUGAAAGGUACUCUUUUGGUUCACGGGAUAUUCAAGAAGGGUCUUCGCCUAAUGAAACAACUGGUUGUAUCUUUCCUCUUCCGUUACUUCCGGAACCGCAAAAACUUCCGACUUCACGAGGUGCGAACGAUACUAGUGAAUUAUAG